CAGAGGAUCGGACGGUGAGAAUCAAAGGCUGGUUUCCUUAAAUAGAGUCGAGUAGGUUUCAACCUGAGGAACGGUAGCUGAGCCUGCUAAUGUGAUGGUGGGCCUUGAAUGAAUGAAGAAGUUUGCUAACUUCCCCCUGGGAACAUCGGAAGUUAAUUGAAGUUUAUGAUUAAACCAACAGUGACUAUAAGAUAUUGACAUCAGAAAGCGAAAGUAAGAUUUCUGGUCAAUAUGGGAACCAAAUUCAGAGCUGUUUUGGCAUUCCUGUUUGUAUGGUCCCUGCUUUUCCCUGUGGCAUUUUGUGCAUCCAGUGAUGGAUUGGUUAGAAUUGGAUUGAAAAAGAUUAAGUUCAAUAAGAACAGCCGGCUUGCUGCUCAGCAUGAGUCAAGGGAGGAGGAGACCUUGAAAGCUUCAAUUAAGAAGUAUAAUCUCCGCGGCAGUCUAGGAGCUGCGGAUACAGAUAUUGUAGCACUGAAGAAUUACAUGGAUGCUCAGUACUUUGGUGAGAUUGGUAUUGGUACUCCCCCACAAAUAUUCACGGUGAUUUUCGACACUGGAAGCUCUAAUUUGUGGGUGCCAUCAUCAAAAUGUUAUUUCUCGGUUCCAUGCUUUUUCCAUGCAAAAUACAAGUCAAGCCAGUCGAGUACCUACAGGGAGAAUGGGAAAUCUGCUGAAAUUCAAUAUGGCUCUGGGGCAAUAUCUGGAUUCUUCAGUGAAGACAAUGUCAAAGUUGGUGACCUAAUUGUCAAGAAUCAGGAAUUCAUCGAGGCAACCAAGGAGCCCAGUAUCUCAUUUUUGGUUGCAAAGUUUGAUGGUAUUCUUGGACUCGGAUUCCGUGAAAUCUCAGUUGAAAAUGCUGUCCCAGUAUGGUACAACAUGGUCAAACAAGGUGUUGUCAAGAAUCCAGUCUUUUCAUUUUGGCUUAAUCGGAAUGCAGAAGAAGAUGAAGGGGGUGAAAUUGUUUUUGGCGGGUUUGAUCCAAAUCACUACAAGGGCAAGCACACAUAUGUCCCCGUGACACAGAAAGGUUAUUGGGAGUUCAAUAUGGGUGACGUUCUCAUUGGGGGUGAACCAACUGGUUACUGCAGUGCUGGUUGUUCUGCCAUUGCUGAUUCUGGAACUUCUCUAAUAGCUGGUCCAACGCCUUUGAUCACCAUGAUAAAUCAUGCCAUUGGAGCCUCUGGAGUUGUUAGCCAGGAAUGCAAGGCGGUAGUUAAGCAGUAUGGACAAUCAAUCAUGGACUUGCUUUUGGCAGAGGCACAACCAAAAAAGAUAUGCUCUCAAAUUGGGUUGUGCAGCUUCGAUGGAACUCGCAGUGUCAGCAUGGGCAUUGAAACUGUAGUGGAUGAGAAGAAUGGUGGUGGGCCAGCUGGUCUACAUGAUGCCAUGUGCUCUGCUUGUGAAAUGGCAGUUGUAUGGAUGGGAAACCAGCUUAAGCAGAACCAGACAGAAGAACGAAUAUUGCAAUAUGUUAAUGAGCUUUGCGAUCGACUUCCUAGUCCCAUGGGAGAAUCAGCUGUUGAUUGUGGAAGCAUUUCUUCCAUGCCUUGUGUUUCCUUCACUAUUGGCGGGAAAGUUUUCCAUCUGUCACCAAAUGAGUACAUACUCAAGGAGGGCGAAGGUGCUGCAGCACAAUGCAUUAGUGGCUUUACUGCUUUGGAUGUUCCUCCUCCUCGUGGCCCCCUCUGGAUCCUGGGAGAUAUCUUCAUGGGUCGCUACCACACAGUAUUUGAUUAUGGGAAUCUGAGAGUUGGAUUUGCUGAUGCGGCAUAGGCGGAGCUCAUCCGUGUUGCUCCUUCUUUCCCGCCUUUCCAAGUGUUACUGGGCUUUGAGUUACGUCUACAGACAUAGUGGUGUGUUCAAAUGGUGGUGAAAUGUGAAUUGGCCUUUCACAGUGCUUGUUUGUGUAAAUAUUCCAGUUUGCUCCUUUACAACUCAUAUGGCAAUCAAAGUGAAUCUUCUUAGUGCUUGCUUGCUCUAUUAUGAGCAAAUUGAGUUGUUUUCUAUUUGAGACGUAGUGAAUGUUACUCUCUGGUUGUGAGGUGGCUCUCUCUUUGUGAAAAUAUCUAUUAUUGUAAGAGAUAUAUGUGUUUGUUGCAACAAAUACAAGUUCAUUGCACAGCUUAAAAGACGAGCUUUCCCGUACAA